GGAUUACUGCGAUCAAAUUCCCGUUGUUGCAGCUUCCAGAGCCCAGACACACUCUACUUCGCCGCGCUCGUCCAUGUCCCCGCCUUCGUCUCUCACCCGUUCUUCAUAUCGGCACGUGUCCGGUGGUGCUGGUCCCAAAUAUAACGGCGCCGCGCAGCUGGGGCCAGAUCUUUACGCUAUGAACAGCUCCGGCAUGCUGGCUCCCAACCUUCUCUCGAGUACCAGCAGCACGAGCACUGACUCUACUUCGUCCUCCCACCUUGCGUCCUCUGGCUCGCCUCCCGUUAAGGUCGAGCCCGAGGAUUUGGCGGGCACUGAUUGCUUCGUGAUGGAAUUCUCCGGCUCAUCCGCCGCCUCACAGCGGGCGAUGUCGAGUGCAGGGCCGGCCGUUGUCCCUCUCCGCGCGACGCAGGCGAGCAAGCCUAUGCGCAAGAUGAUGGGUGUGUUUCGUCUAAACCCUUUUACUAUCCACGAGAGCGCACCAGGCAACAUGACCUGGACAGGCGAGGAGGCCGGUCCGCUCGAGGAAGAGCCCAGGUUGAUCGAGUUCCAGCUCGAUUGGGGCGAGCGGGAGAGCGUCUCACCCGAGCCUGAAAACAACGCCAUUCAGCUGCCUCAGCCUCAUUCCCACUCGCACUCAUCGUUCACCACUCGCAACGUGCAUAACGAGGGACGAUACGCUGGGAGCGGGCGCUCCGAAGACCCCGUGGUAGCGAGCCCGGCGCAGUUACAUUAUCCACUGGCCUUGAGCCCGGCAAGUUGGGAAGAACCACACUAUGCCGCCGCAUCGUCACAUCGCGCAUACAACCGCUCGCCUCGUUCGGAGAGCUCGUCGUCAUCGUCACGUCACGCAUCGUUUGAUGCUUCCUUCCCGGAGUAUCAUUCCGGCGGUGAUUACCACCACGAGUCUCACUCGUCGAACAGCUGCGGCGCUGCCGCCGCCGGUGCACCCUACAGCCUCACGUCCAUGUCGCGCCGCUGGCCUGCGCCCGCUACGCUGACCACACCAUACAUCAUGUAGCGGCUACGAAGAGCCGAACGCUCCACGGUCAAAUCGCCGUUCUUCCAGUUCAUUCUCCAACGCUAAGCGCGUCUAUUCCCAUUUCUAUGCAUUCAUCGACAUCCAUCGCACGCCUUGUAUCAAUAUCCGCUGUUGCCGCUUGAUCUUGCUUCUUCGAACAAUCCUACCCCGUCGCAACGACCUAUACGUUCCACAACCACAACCAUCGUCAUUAUCACCGCUGCUCUGCAUAGUAUUUUCUGUCUUCAUUCCGUCUCUGUUUUAUGUUGUUUGUCCACGGGUAUUGGCUGGACACCAUCCAUUCUCGUUUUGGGACAGUGGGGUCUUGAUCAUGAUACCAUGAUGCUUUCCGUCUAUGAUGUUUUGUCGUUGCUCUAUUUCUUGCUUGCACCACAUGGGUUCCGUCACGAUGUUUCUCAACCAUUCGGCUUUCUUGCUAUAAUUGGAUGACUAGAAAUUUGUAUCUUGUGCUCCAUCCACUACAAAGCCCAUAAACAUGUAUUGUCUACAGUAGAUUCCUCUAUCCGCAGGAUUCUU